GCAUCAACCUAAGAUACCUAAGGUACCCUACGUCUUUCACCAUGUGUCACUGGGACGCAACCUUUCCCAAUCGUCAUCCAUCAUCAAAUAUCUGAACCAACGGCCACCAGCCAUGGUCCCUUGGCGUCGCGAAGCCUCAAGUUCAUAGAUCCGUGCCAUCGCAGGUAUCUCGAGCAUUCACCGAAAUGGAAAUCAUCCAGUGCAAGUGCGCAAAAUGUCAGACAAAACUGGCAAGCUUCUUCAAUCUGUGGACUCAGAUUGGGAAAUCUUAUUUCAGUCCGACGAUUGAGGCGCAAGGCAAUAUUCAGAUGAUUGCCAAGGAACCCACCAGGAUUGGUGAAGCAGGUUACCUCGUUGCCGAGUGUGAGCUUCAAGACGUCGCUUGCGCCAAAUGUGAUAAUAUCAUCGGUCUCAAGUGUCUUGGUAGCCCAGUCAACCAUGUACUUCAAGACUCGCAAAUACUUCUCAGACAGACCUCUGUUGUAUUUCUGAAGAAGAAUGGCAAGCCGAUAGAGCUCGAUGUAUGUCGCAAAUUGAAGCUUCGGGUUGACACUCGCCCUGGAUCGUACUCUACGAACGCUCCGUUUAACUCAGAUUCUCGUCAAGGAUGCGGCUUUGGAAACGGGCAAAGAUCGCCCAACUCUGAGAACAUUGACUUAUUCCGUUUGCGGGAAGAUCUUGAUACACAGCGGGAAAACAUUGAGAGGAUCGAUACCGCUGGUUUUCAAGUAGUGACACAAUUCGACGGCGCUGUUUCGCGCAUCGACAAGGAGAUGACGAAGCUCAAUUCAACUAUGGAUCAGCUUCAAAAGGACCUCGACCUUCACAGAGCCGACUUGAAGUCAGUCAAGCUGGAAACAUCUGGUGGGAAAUCCUCUCUGCAGAACAGUCCCAAACUGUCUCGAGUGGAAAGCCAGGUUCGGACGGCAAACACAGUGAUUUCUGAGAUGCAGAAGCUCUUCGAGGAAGCUAGAGAGGAGAAUAGUCUGCUUCGAAAAGAUCUCCAAUCGGCGCGAGAGGACUACAGAAGGCUCGAAAGCGUAACCCUGGGCCUAAAAGUCACAGUGGAAAGUGCAACCGAAACCGCGAAAGACAGCCUCGACAUGGCAAAGGACAGCGCCAAGGAGACAGCCAGUUUACGAAUUGAGUUACGGCAGUUGAGACAAGUCAUAGAGCAAGACCACAAAAAGAAAUUCGACCCGUCAAAACAGCAAAUACCCUCGCGGGAAUUGGAUAUCUUGACCAGCAACAUCACAAAGAUUGGAGCCCGGGCAAAUCAAGUGGAAACACUGCAGAUGGAGUUUGACCUCUUCAAGAGCAGGAUACAGCGUCUCGAGGCGAGUGCAGAGCGUCCUUCUCAAGCUUGCGAGGAAUUGCAACUCGCUCCGACUCGACCAUCCACGAGUUCGGAGACGUCUGGGAUUCCGAAUACCAUCGAUCCAGGGUCGAACGACCUGUUUCAGGGAGCACACGUCCGGGUUCACAACGGAGCUACCUCCGCCUCGCCCAAAGUCCAGCAAAGUACGAGUCGUAAACGAAAGGCACCAGCAGAGAAAACGGCCGGACCUGGUGAAGAGAAUAAAAGCCCAAGACUCACCAGAUCUGGUGCCAUUGACAAAAGGAGUAUCAAGAAACCAAGGUCUUCUUUACCUGCGAACAGCAAGUUUUGACACUCUUGUAGGCAGCUCAGUAGUAAUUAAACAAAG